UCACUGAAAGCUGGGUAAGUUUUCGGAGGCGCCGAGGAGCUCCUGUUGGACGGCGGCUUUGGCAUCUGCGGGAGCCUGCUGGAUAGUAAAACCACUAUCUGUCGCUUCAAGGACGACCGGUUUGGAGAGUGUCUGUAGUUGCGCUGUCCUCGCCGUGGUGAGUCUACACCCAGACCUCUUUGUAGUGAUUAUACGGUAGAAACAAUGUUUUUAUGCAACACGAGUGCCAUAAAGGACUGGAGCUAUUUCUUGUCUCAGAUUUUGCCACUGAUCAAUAAAACUGCAGGGUUGGUCGACAUCGACAAAGCGGAGGCUGUGACCACCACUGUGGUGACAGCUCUGCAGCCUGACGGCGCCAUGAGCGCGAGCAAGCCGCCUCUCAACUCCAACCAUACCUCGGGCAUGGAGCACAUAUUUCAGUCCUCUUACUCGGAGAGUGACCUGCUGUACACGGACUACCGGACGCCUGCGCGGGACUCCAUCCCGCUGCCAAAAGCGGUGCUCUACCUGGUCAUGGCAGCGCUGGUGGUGGUGGCUGUGGCAUACGCGAUAGUUGGGCACCUGGUCAAAGAUGUGGUUAACGACUUUGUGGGUGGAAGCAGGUCGAUUGUGACCGAAGGUGACAGCGGUGAAACCAGUGAACCAGAGUGGGCUCUUGGCGCUCAUCGAGUUACCAGUCGGAACAAGACUGAGAUCAACUGCAUCACCAACAAUGUAAACGAGGUGAGCGAGAUGGGUGAGAGGCCCCGGCCGGUGGAAAUGACCUGCAUAUCCCUGAACCACAGUAACUGCCUGAGCUCCAGCAGACCAGAGGAGAUAGUGAUCAGUGUAGAAGAGACGCUACAGCAGCGACCCCCAGACACUCACUCUGGGACUUAACUCUGAGCUGGGAACCUGCCCUGAGAGGAAAAUUAAGCUGGGUAUAUGCUUGCAUUUUUUGUUCAAGUGGAUACACAAGUGUGUCAUGAAUGGAAGCUCUAUCCACUGUUUCCUCACCUGCAGGUGACAGUGGGCCAGGUGGGAUUUUAAACUGUGCUGGACCACUGGUGGCAUCAGACGCUGGCGUCUGUAUCUGACUGGACUCCUGUCUGCAAGCAGUCAGAGAGGAAAAAAGCUUUUUAAAAAACUUUGCCCUCAGUGGACUGCCCUGUUUUUCAAGUGGCCCCUUAAGCCUUUAAUGUGAAAAUAUCACUGUUAAGAUGAGGCCUGCAGUUCACUAUAACAACAGACAAUAUGUAAUCACUUGAAAUAUACAUCACAGGUAGGUCAGUACAUAUUUAAUAUUUCAACUAGCAAACACUUCAGUUCAGUCACAUCACCAGUUUUUUUAUUUUCCUUGAUGCUGUGAGACUUGUAAAGUGUCUAUUGUAAUAACUGCUAAAUUGAUAUGAAGAAUGACACGUCUCCUUUUUUGUGUAGUGAUGCUGUGAUUACUGGGAUGUAAGUUCACUACGCAAUAUUAAAAGUGUUUUGUUAUUAGGUUGAUGUGAACUAAAGUGCUAAAUCACCUUUAAGACCUCUGGUUACACCUGACUGCAAAAAAAUCGAGUAUAAAAGUA